AUGUAUUUGCGACGCAGACGGACCACACCGACCUGUGAGAAGCUGGAGAUGAGACGGUCGCCGACGGAGGAGAUGGCGGAAGAGGCCAAGUUGUGGACGGGCCGUCAGAGGUGUCGUGGUGACGAGGAGGACGACGACGAAGGUCCUGGUGUCGCUGGCGGCUCCGAGACUGAGGCUUGUCUUGGUGAUGGUGACGAUGAAGAGAAACCAGGGAUUCCGUCUUCAGUUUCUGAGCUGCCCAUCUAUGUUUCAAUGCAUCGCGUCCGCCGGCUCAUCAAUGCAAGUAUAGAUGAUCCAUACACACUGAGCCAGUUGAGUGACCCCAGGAUGAACAUUCUCAUCGUCCGGCCUCUCGUUGAGCGUCUGUAUCAUCCCAACGACAUCACCAUAGCCCGCGUCCUCCGCCGCUUCCACGAAGCCAAUCCGGGCUCCCAAGGACUCCUCUUCCUCUCGCGCCUCCUCGUCGGCGGCUUCGAUCCGUUUGAGGGCGCCCCCGAAGCCGUGGAGUUCGAAGGCCGUCGGCAGUGGGCACCCCAGGAACGCGGUGGUCUCGAACGCAAACUCACCGCCCUCGAGCUGGCCAUCCUCUCCGAGAGCAAGACCUUUAUCUCCUCGCCCGGUUGCCAGCGCGUCAUCAACGCCGUCUACGAGGGCCGCGUCGUCUACACCCCGCUCUCUUUUGUCGACAUCCUGCCCGACCACUACGAGUACCGCCCCAUCUCCCUCUACGACCCGCGGAAAGCGCCCCUCCUGAACCACUACCGUCUCAUCGUCCCGCGCUCCCGUAACUCCAUCGAAUUCGUCCAGUUCCUCAUCCUGAUGAUUCUCUACUUCCUCGCUAUGCUCUACCGCCGCAGCAGCAACGAGGUCUUCGAGUUCCUCUUCUGCAUCUACGCCGCCGGCUGGGUCCUCGACGAAGUUGCCGCCGUCGCGGAACAUGGCUGGGAGGUCCACGCGCAAAACCUCUGGUCCUGGCUUGACGUCACCUUUUCCGCAAUCUACGCUGUAUACGUCCUCGCGCGCAUAUACGACGUAGGCGCAGGACACUUCCCCGACGGCCAUGGCCUACACAUCCUCCCGCUCGCGGCGCCGAUCCUUCUCACCCGCGUCGCCUUCAACAUCGCACCCGACAACAUCGUCCUCAUCUCCCUGCACGCCAUGAUGAAGGAUUUCUUGCUGCUGUCGUUCCUCGCGUGCUGGUGCUUCAUGGGUUUCCUCCUUGCGCUGCAGUGGCUCAUCGACUCCAACGAUAACCUCAACGAGACGCCUUCGUGGUUCGCCAUUUGCAAGUGGAUGCUCUGGAUCUGGUUCGGUCUCGACGGCACCGGCAUCCAGGAGUCGACGCAGUUCCACAUCAUUCUCGGCCCGGCGCUCAUGGUCGGCUUCGCGUUCCUCGGCAACACGCUGUUCCUGACGAUCCUCGUCGCCGUUCUGACAAACACCUUUUCCAACAUCAUUGCCGACGAGGCGGCCGAGGUGCGCUUCCGCCGCGCGGUGCUGACUUUCGAGGGCGUCAAAAGCGAUGCCAUUUUCGCGUACCCGCCGCCUUUCAACAUCUUUGCGCUUGCGACGCUGCUGCCAUUACGGUUCGCCGUGUCAGCCGAGACGUUUCACAGGGUCAACGUGGCGCUGAUCCGCGCGCUGAAUUUGCCGACCCUGCUGCUCAUCAGUCUAUACGAGAGGCGACAAUUCUCGCGCCGGAUGAGGAAGAAGAUGAAUGGUGGCGGUGGCCGCCGAAGGUUCUUGGGGUGGCAGCUUUCGGGAUUUUCGCCGCACGGUGACAUCCAGGCCGUGUUCGAUACGGCGCCACCGCCGGAUGUUGCUGAUUUGAUCGAGGAGCUGGAUAAGAUUGGCGACGAGGGGUCUGUGACGAGCGAGGUUGUGCCCAAGUUGUCGGCUGAUCUGAGCCGACCCAUUCGAUGGAGAUCAAGGCUACGGAAUGGGGUCCAGGAGCACGAUGAUUAA